UGUUUUCACCUCAACGGGGCAUGGAGAUGAGAGUUUACUCUGGAUGACGUAUUACCGGUCUAACGUUGGGAACAAUUCAAUGCUGUCGUCCGCAAUUAGGAAGGAUGUUUGCGCAAUAUCCGUAACUUGGCUUAAACCGGGGAACGUUGUUUCCUGAGUUGACCAGGAAGGAUAACAGUUCGUAAAAGCUCUAACACCAGUCGAGCCCAACCCCAAAAACAUAUAGAUGACGUUUACGACAGAGACAUUUGAUGUCUUUUCUGAACAACGAGGACACAAAUGAUUGGAAUAACAUGGAACCAUCCGAAAAAUCCCAGUAUAACCACACUGAUGCAACGGAGAGCCUGGAGGUCCAGCUAGCAGAGAGCCGAGCUCAGCUGGAGCACUGGCAAGGCGUGGCAACAAUUUGUGAGCUGAGCAAACAGGAGGAGCUGGCAGAGCUGCAGAAACAAUGUGACCAGGAGAUCCAGUCUCUACAGGAGGCCCUCAGAGAGACAGCAUCUCAGUAUGAGGCCAGAAUUUCCGCUCUGCAGUCUGAGCGUGCCCAAUGGAGGAGAGCCAGUAUACAGUCUCAGGGCAGUGUACAGAAGGGCCGGUCGGAGGCACGACCUGUGCCUUUAGAGGGCCAAUCAACAGAUUCUCUUCCCAAAAGCCUCAGAGAUCCAGGAACAGACAGACAAGACGGCAAACCAGUGGAGCCCGAGGGGCCCGUGGAGGGAAUAGGGGAGGGUUUAGAGGCUGAAGGAGUGGGACUGGAGGGGUAUUUUUCCCAAAAUUGUGACUCUGCCUCUCUGUCCUCCUUCUCCUUGGAUACGCCCUCUCUGCCUCGCCGCCCUUCCCCACAGGAAGACACUGCCUCCCUGGUUUCCACAGGAACCCUGGUGCCCGAGGCCAUCUAUCUCCCACCACCCGGCCACCGGCUGGUCACACACACCGACUGGGAUUUGCUAAACACACUGGUUACGGAGCUGGAAGGAGAACUGGGUCGUCUCCGGGAAGAGAGGAGGCAGCUGGAGAAGGAGCUGGACACACAGACUGCGGAGACCCAUAGACAGGUCUCGGUUCUCCAGUGCCAGGUCGAGACCUCUGAGACACUGCUCCGUGAGCUGCAGAAAUCGUUCAGCCAAUCACAGAAUGCCGUCCAGAGCCGGCUGGCAGAGCUUUCUCUGUCCCAGAGGAGAGUGUGUAGCGAGCUGUCCCGACUAAAAGGAGAGGUUGAUGAAACCGAUGGGGCAGGAGAUUCAAACACACCUGUUGGUGCAACACUACAGGGGGCACAUAGUGAGGAAAGGCUUCGUAUAGAGAUCGUCAACUUGAAGGAGCAGCUAGAGGCCCGCACGGAGGAGAGCGAUGUUUUAGAAGUAAAGCUGUCCAGCCUGAAGACAGAGAUGGAGCGUGUCCAGUGUCAGAAGGAGAAGCUGCAGUCGGAGUUGCAGACCUGUCGCACUGAGUUACAAGGCCUCCGGGUGGCACUGUCCCACCUACAGGGAGACAACACCUCCCUCAGCCACGACAAGUCAUCUCUCCAGCAGCAGUGUCUGGAGCUGAGGAGCCAGAUCAUCAGCAUGCGUUCUCAGGUGGAUACCAGCCAAACAGUGCAGAGGGACUUUGUCCAGCUCUCACAGUCGUUACAGGUGAAACUGGAGCUGAUUCGUCAGGCAGACACUCUGGACCAGGUGAGAGACAUCUUGGAGGAAGGGCUUCCUGAAGAAAGUGGCCGUCUUACCGAUGCCACGUGAGCCAAUCAGAGCAGCAGAACCAAAGGGCCCGGAGAGACAGGAAGUAUUCCAAGAGUGACCAAUAAGAGUGAGGCUGGACUGGAAGUGCAACAGUUACCACAGGGAACAACCGGACCACUACCAUGUCAUUGCCACUGCUUUUAUUUUGACUUGAAGUCAUGUACAAAAAGGCAGCCUUAAUUGAGAUGAGCGUAAAAGACUAUGAAACAAACAGUGCAAAUGCUGUGCUAUAUUGCAAUCAUUUUUGUGGGGGCCUUUCUAAAAAGGAUGCAUACUCAGAAGUUGAUACAUGUGGUGGGGAUGUUUUGCUUGUAGUGUUACUUGGGGUUUAUGUCUUAAUAAUUUAUUCAGUAUCAAGACAUUUCUGCCCAUAUUUUGCCUGGUUGCCUCUGGUGAGAGGAUGACCGUUGACAUAUUUUGUGUGAAUAUUGCUGCUACGGGGGGAUAUUCACACGGGGAGAGGGUUUUUUGAGUAUUGAAAACAAGAAUUCUAAACCCUUACAUCACCAUCUUAAUUUAAAUAAUUUCUUGUUAAUCAAUAUUUUCACUGAGCAAAUGUCUUAGUUUGAAAGAAACUAUAUUAUAAAACAUGUAAUAUAGCUCAGUAUUUGUAUUACGCUGUCUCUGGCUCAGCUUUAUCGAGGAUGCUUAUAAUUUUGGACCAUGUAGAUAUUUGGGAAUGUUGGUUGAGGGCCCUCCACAGUUUUCCAAAUGUGGUGGUUAAAUGUUUUUUUUCUUUUAGCUUCAAACACCUUUUUAACUCGACUCAUUGAGAGAACUUCUAUAUAUUUAUAUUGUAUUUCCUGACUCUACAGUCCAGCCAGUAAUAUCUAUUGAUGAGAGACUAUUAUGGCUGUAGUGGAAGCCACUAAAAUGUGCAAAAUGUUGAAAUAGGCCAGUAACUACUAUAAUUUAUACAAUUUGUACAGUAGGAAGAUGCUUUUUAACUCAAGGAAAUACAGACAUUCCAUAUAUACAUACUUCCACCUCUCACGAACAGCAGGCAAUAACACACAAACUCUUUGCUUGACUUCCAGUCACUGAGUUCUGGCCCCUGGCGACAAUGUAUAACCUUGUGCUCAGCCACUCCUCUGACACAUGGACCUUUUUAGACUUUUCUACUUUUCUAAAUAGUUAUGUGAAACCUCUGGAUGAAUUGCAUUAAUCAGGUUGAAUAUUGCCUUAAUAUAUAUGUUUCAAGACCA